CGGGUACUACUUCCGGGAAAGAGGGUGGACCAGAAGGGUCUCUUGUGGGCAAAGCAUCAUGGUGAGGAAUCUAGACAACCUGGACUUCCAUCUGCCUUCACAUGCCCAAGACAUGCUGGAUGGCCUGCAGCGUCUGCGCUCCCUGCCCAAGCUGGCCGAUGUCACCCUGCUGGUUGGUGACCAGGAGCUGCCCUGUCACCGCAGCCUUCUGGCUCUGAGUAGCCCCUAUUUCCACGCCAUGUUUGCCGGAGACUUUGCUGAGAGCUUUUCGGCCCGUGUGGAGCUGCGAGAUGUAGAGCCGGCUGCGGUGGGUCAGCUGGUGGACUUUGUGUACACUGGCCGCCUGACCAUCACUCAGACUAACGUGGAGGCGCUCACCCGCACUGCAUCGCGCCUCCACUUCCCCACUGUGCAGAAGGUCUGUGGCCGAUACCUCCAGCAGCAGGUAGAUGCCACCAACUGCUUGGGCAUCUGCGAGUUUGGGGAGCAGCAGGGACUGUUAGGCGUGGCUGCCAAAGCCUGGGCCUUCCUGCGGGAGAACUUUGAGGCAGUGGCCCAAGAGGAUGAGUUCUUGCAGCUGCCUAGAGACCGACUGGCCACCUGUCUGGCCAGUGACCUGCUGCAGGUGCAACCGGAGCAGAGUCGGCUCGAAGCCCUGCUGCGCUGGGUGCGCCAUGACCCCCAGGACCGGUCUGCCCACCUGCCCGAGCUCCUCAGCCUGGUGCACCUGGAUGCGGUGCCAAGGCCCUGUGUGCAACAGUUGCUGGCCACAGAGCCGCUGAUCCAGGAGUCAGAGGCAUGCCAGGAGGCCCUGUCCCAGGGCCACAGUGGGGAGCUUCCUGGCCUCCCACAGACGAUGCAGGAGGUGCUGGUGGUCGUGGGAGGGCGGGCGCUGGAGGAAGACGAGGAGGGUGGUGAAGAGCCCAGCCCCCACACUGGGAACUUUGCCUUCUACAACACCAAGGCCAGGCAGUGGAUGGCACUCCCGGACUUCCCCGAUUACCACAAGUGGGGCUUCUCUCUGGCAGCACUCAACAGUGAUGUCUAUGUCACAGGUGGCUCACGGGGCACCAAAACAGACACCUGGUCGACCACCCAAGCCUGGUGCUUCCCGCUGAAGGAAGCUGUCUGGAAGCCCGUGGCGCCCAUGCUGAAGGCCCGCACAAACCACGCCAGCACAGCACUGAAUGGAGAGAUCUACGCCAUCGGUGGCACUGCCCUGGAUGCCGUAGAGGUGGAGCGUUAUGACCCCUACACAGACAGCUGGAGUCCUGUCAGCCCGGCCCUCAAGUAUGUCAGCAACUUCUCGGCCGCUAGCUGCCAGGGCCGUCUCUACCUGGUGGGCUCCAGUGCCUGCAAGUACAACAUGCUGGCUCUUCAGUGCUACAGCCCUGUGACAGACGCAUGGAGUGUGAUCGCCUCACCCUUCCUGCCCAAGUACCUGUCCUCUCCACGCUGCGCUGCUCUGAACGGCGCCCUCUAUCUCAUUGGCGACAACACGAAGAAGGUCUAUGUGUAUGACCCGGGGGCCAACCUGUGGCAGAAGGUGCAGUCUCAGCACAGCCUACACGAGAACGGCGCACUGGUGUCUCUGGGUGACGCGCUGUACGUGACAGGUGGCCGCUGGCAGGGCAUGGAUGGCGACUACCACGUGGAGAUGGAGGCCUAUGACACUGUGAGGGAUGCCUGGGCCCGCCACGGCUCCCUACCCCGUCUCUGGCUCUACCAUGGGGCCUCUACCAUCUUUCUGGACGUCUCAAAGUGGACACAGCCCUUCAGCCCAAGUGCCGCUCAGGAACAGUAGGAAGGAAGGAGUUCCUGGGUCAGCUCCUCAUGGCCCUACAGAAUGGCUCCUUUCACGCUUGUCUUCUGUUACUGUGAGCUGCUGCCCACUCCAGGGCUUAGACUGGCCUCAAUAUCAGAUGUCACCGCUGAGGACGCAGCUCUAGUCUCUGGUGCUACCAAACUUUGUGACCAGUGGUAAAAGUGAGACCCUGGUACCCACGUGGUGGGGAAGAGAGAGCUCUGCUGUCCCUGUAGACCUCAGAGAAGGAAGCUGAGGGGUCCUGGACUGCACCCGCCAAGGAAACAGGCUCCGUGCUGUCAGCUCUUCUUGCUCUACCCAACCAUGGUUUUGGUGGAAGCAUCAAAAAUGAGGGGUUAAGUGGGGGUACCCAGAACACUGAGCCAGGACCUCAAGCUUGGGUGCCCACCACAGCUCUUUGACUAUAUCCACGGCUUCUCUCUCCCCUCUUUCCUCAGAUUCCACAUCCACCCCCCCCCCCUCCCCGUGGGAUGGCUGGAUGAGGGCCAGGCUCUCCGUCCUUAGCCUCUGCAUGUUGGUACUGUGUUUACAGAUCUGCUUCUGGGAGGAAGGUGGCCCCUGCCCCACCAUGGGGACCUCUGACACCAGGAAGGCAGCCCCUGAGGAGACACUAGGAAGGCAGGGGAUGUGGUGCAGGGCAGGAGAGUGAGGCAGUGGAGGAUCCCCUUGGAGAGUGGCUCUCAACCUUCCUUCCCUUUAAUACAGUUCCUCGUGUGUGGUGAACCCCAACCAUAGAAUUAUUUCAUGGCUACUUCAUAACUGUAAUUUUGCUAGUUUUGAAACAUAAUGUAAAUAUCUGAUACGUGACCCCUCACCCUGGUCUGCAGGGACUUCUGGGGAUGGCCCCUGGGUGUGUCAGAAGCUUGCUUCCAGUUGUCUGCUGGGAUAGGGUGGGGCUAAAACCUGAUGGGCUCUACUGUCUGUCGUGAUAUGAUUUGGAGUGAUUCAGACCUUAGUCUCUCUGAGGUUGUGUAUGGCUCAGUCU